AUGGCUAGUGCUAGCAAGUCUCUCACUCUCUCUCAAGUAUCAAGUAUCAAAAAUAACGACAAACCUCUCGGCGGGCCCCACGACACGUUGACCAGCCUCCCACGCUAUCCGGUGGAUAGUACUGCCUGUUAUGUCCUCCAAUGGCAUAAGUCUAUUUGCCUGCACGGAAAGCUUCUCGAUCCCCAAACCCGCCAAGCCCCGAAGCACAUCCAUCACGUUGCAACCCAUCUCCACCGGCACCACCACAGGACUCGACACCUGCAUGACAAGGCUCCCUCCAUUCCUGCCGUUCGGAAAAAACCCAGGACUCAUCGAGCGUAA